GACGCAGCCGUGCAGGGUGCGCGUGUCCGGCCGGCCCCGCCCGCCCGGCCUGGUGUCUGUGUGGCAGUGCCCCUCUGGGAACACCGCUGGGGCCGCCCUGCAAGCGCCUGGCGAGGCGGGACUCGCUGCUUUGGGCUCGGCAGUCAGUGCAUGGAGCCGCGGCCGAGCGCUCUGGGCGGCUGAUGUCACGGGAUGGAUUCCGAAGCCCUCAGGAAGUUCUCGGCGCUGCACCCGCGGCCUGCCGGGCUGACCCUGCACUACGGCACGGCCGGGUUCCGCAGCGCGGCCCAGCACCUGGACCACGUCGUGUUCCGCAUGGGGCUCCUGGCCGCCCUCCGCUCCAAGGCCGUGACUGCGACCAUUGGCAUCAUGGUCACGGCGUCGCACAACCCUGAAGAAGACAAUGGUGUAAAGCUGGUUGAUCCUCUUGGAGAAAUGCUGCACCCCUCCUGGGAAGAGUAUGCCACGCAACUAGCAAAUGCAGAGGAGCAAGAAUUACAGAAGGUGAUAACUGAGAUCUGCCAAAAAGCAGCAGUGAACCUGCACAAAGAUGCCUCGGUUUUUAUUGGCAGAGACACCAGGCCAAGCAGCAAGAAGCUGUCCCAGUCAGUUAUAGAUGGUAUCCAGGUUCUAGGUGGUCAGUACCAUGAUUAUGGUCUGGUGACAACACCACAGCUCCACUACAUGGUCUGCUGUCAAAACACCCAAGGGCAGUAUGGGAAAGCAACACUGGAAGGUUAUUAUGAAAAACUCUCCAAAGCUUUUAUGGAACUGAUAAAACAGUCUCACUGCUCCGGAGAGUUUCAGAGGCACCUGAAGAUUGACUGUGCCAAUGGAAUUGGAGCCCUGAAACUGUCAGAAAUGAAGCCCUACUUUCCACAAGAGGUGCUAUUCCACAUAUAUAAUGAUGGAACCAAGGAGAAACUCAAUCACUUAUGUGGUGCAGAUUUUGUGAAAGUUCACCAGAAACCACCUGGAGGGCUGGACAUGAAGCCCAAUGAGAGAUGCUGCUCAUUUGAUGGUGAUGCAGAUAGAAUUGUUUAUUAUUAUAAGGACACAGCUGACCAUUUUCACCUGAUCGAUGGAGAUAAAAUAGCAACUUUAAUUAGUAUCUUCCUAAAAGAACUUCUUGCCAAGGUGAAACAGGACUUCAAGAUGGCAGUGGUGCAAACAGCCUAUGCCAAUGGGAAUUCAACACGCUACCUCCAGGAAACACUGAAGGUCCCUGUGCACUGUGUGAAAACAGGAGUGAAACACUUGCACCACAAGGCCCAGGAGUUUGAUGUGGGUGUUUAUUUUGAGGCAAAUGGACAUGGCACAGUACUGUUUAGUAAAGCUGCUGAAACUAAAAUUCGACAGCUGGUAAAAGAGGAGAAAGAUAAUGAGAAAAGAGAAGCAGCAAAGAUGCUUGAAAACAUGAUUGACCUGAUUAACCAGACUGUUGGCGAUGCUGUGUCGGACAUGCUGGUGAUUGAGGCAAUCCUGGCUCUGAAGGGUCUGAGUGUGCAGCAGUGGGACGCCCUCUACACCGACCUUCCCAAUCGGCUGCUCAAGGUCCAGGUGGCAGACAGGCGUGUUAUUGACACCACAGAUGCAGAAAGACGAGCACUGACGCCCCCGGGGCUGCAGGAGAAGAUCGAUGCGCUCGUGCAGAAGCACAGACUGUCCCGGGCGUUUGUCCGUCCGUCAGGAACGGAGGACGUCGUCAGGAUCUAUGCUGAGGCAGACACACAGGAGAAUGCAGAUGCACUCGCCCAUGAAGUGAGCCUGGCUGUUUUCCACCUUGCUGGUGGGAAAGGAGCACCACCCCAGCCUAUAUAAUGAAUUGAGUUAAAGCACACAACUUCCCUUAUCUUUUGAUAUCACUUAUUUUACCAUGUGCUGCUGUGCACAGAGCCAUGCCUUCCUGGGAGUAGCAAGGAUUGAUCAGAACUGAGUGUAAUAUCACUCUGCUUAUUCUUAACCUCCUUUAUUAACUUACCUAUUAAUGAGAUGCUCUUGCUGUUGAAUGUUCCCCUCCCCAAGUUUGUCUAACUUCUUGACAAGCCAUGGCCAUGUCCAGAAGGAAUUCUGCCCCUCCCUGCCCCAGCUUAGUUCAUUGUCACAUUGUGCCUGA